GUUCCCUCCCAGUUCCUGAGAGUGGGGGUGGGUGUGUACGAGUGCACCUUCCCGGUGAUUCUGUACUUUUAAGUUGCUGCAUUCAGGACGUUUUCAUGUGCUUCCUGGUGACAUAGGAUUAAUAGACGAGCUGGGGGCCUCAGGAUGCUGAUAUGAAGUGAAGGAGGGAAAAAUGGGAGUCGUCUCCGAAUGUUGACAAGGCUCUAUCCCAUUUGUCUAAGAAGGUGGCGCUUCCGUCCCCUGACACGGCAGCUCUCAAGGAUCCGGCAGAUCGCAAGCGGGAGACGUCUCUGAAGACCAUUUUCGCUAAUACGGGUGCAUUGCUCAGACCUGCUGUGGCGUCGGUAUGGGUGCCUAUAAUGUAUGUGGACUGCAGUUAGCGGCAAUCUUUUGUCCUCCCCUCUGCAGACAGGAGAUGUUAAAGAAGACCGGACCAUUUGCUUACAUCUGUGAUUAAACUGGUCCCUGGCCAUGGCACAAUCAAAAUCUAGUCGAUCCCAUUAUGCCCUCACUGCUAUUGGAGUGGGCCUCUUGGUGCUUGGUGUAGUGAUGGCUGUAUGGAACCUUGUCCCUGGAUUUGGCAGCAAUGACAAACCUGGGCCAUCCCAUGGAAACAGCAGCAAUUCAGAGAAUCCAGGGGAGAUUAAUCUAAAAAGUAAGACUUUUUCUGUUGCCUAUGUCCUUGUAGGAUCAGGCAUAGCGCUGCUCCUACUGGCCAUCUGCUUGAGCAUACGCAACAAACGUAAACGGCGUCCAAGUAUGGAGGAGUCGCGGGUUGUCCAGCAGGAAACUGUUCCACGAACUGACAGUCCUGAUAAUGCGGACACCCCAAGGUAUUCUGCUCCUAGCUAUGAAGAGGUGAUGAGAAUCGGGUAUGAUGCUUCAGAUGCUGCAAACAUUGACAGAAACCAGAGAAUAAGCAUUACUCUCCCAUCCUAUGAGUCUCUGAAUGAACUUGACGAGUCAACACCCACUAGACCUAAUGCUAGCUCAGCAAAAGAAGAGCAAGCGCAAAGGACAGAUUCUCGCUCAGGAAAAGAGAAAAAACCCUUGAAUGUUAGAAGGAUUAAGUCGGACAAAUUGCACCUGAAAGAAUUCAGAUUGAAUUUGUCAGGUCAAACAAAGUCUAUGGAAACACAGAAAAUUGAGCCCUUAACACCACCACCACAAUAUGAAGAUAAGCAACUGGGAACUGACAAGCCUGUAUAGGAACCUUUGUUGCUGGGAUCCUUAAAGCAAGUCUUCUGUGAACAUCUUUUCUUUGUAGAGGAUGGGAGGGGGGGGGGUUGGUCGCAUUGUCUAAUAUAAGCCAGUAGAAAAAAAUAAGUCAUUCGUUUUUUGCCUAGAUGUAUUCCACUUUAUUUUUCAAUAUAGGACUGUAAAUUACUUGGAUUUUUUCGGAAAUAAUUUGUCUUAAUAGAGGUCCUCUAAUCUUAUCACAGAGUAUAAAGUCUUCAGAUUAUUAUAAAUUAUGUCCUUAUAAAGUGCAUCUGUUGAAAUGUAGCCUUGCUCACGGUUAUUUUACGACCCCUAAGUGUGUAAUAUCACUGAGGCCUAGGUUUGCCACAGAACCGUGUAUCAUAUAUGUUUGAUUUUAAAAGGAUAUGUUGGUAGCCCUACUUGCUCCUUAGUGCACUCACUGGUUUGUAGUUAUAUGGAUAAAUGCAUUCUAAUAAUUAUUGGCUGCAGCCUACCAAAGGCCUCCCCUGUAUGUACUUUAUCUGAUCAAAGCACGAAGAGAGAUACAAUUGUACUAGCUAAUCAGCUUCUACCUUACAUUUUACAGGCUGUGUUUGAAAGAUAACAGAAGCUGAUUGGUACUUUCUCUUACAAUUUUAUCUCUCUCAAAGCUUUUAUAAAUGACACUCUAAAACUGGAAAUAAAGAAAAAUAUAAAAGUGCCUCACAUACAGUACUGGGCCUGCGUUUUCCAGAUUUAACAUGAUUUGAAAGGAUGACCAUAUUACUCAUAGUUAAUGGAGCCGUCCAGCUGCUAUAAAAAGGUCUGUAACUUUUUUUUUUUCUACCUUUUUUACAGACCACCACUAGAGGAUGCUAGUGGAAUUGGUCAUUUUAAAUUUCAGAACGUUCAACUGUUUGUCUUUAAGACAAACUGUUGAACUUGCUGCAAUUUAAAAUUAUAUGACAUUAGUUUUGACAAAAUUUCAUAAUUAAAAUAGCGUAAUGUGUUCUAAUGUACAUUGGGGCUAUUUUUCUUGCCUUUUCUGUUGGCAUCAUAAAAGCUGUCUCAAAGAACUUUUAGCGCCUCUGCUCAACUUCUGCUAUAACCCUGGGGAUGAGGGAAAAUAGAGACGCAAACAAUUACUGCCCAGGUUUUUAAUGGAAGUUCACAUUUGUGUUCAGGGCUAGAAAGGAAGAAUGCAGAAUAGCCUAUAGAUAGAAAGUAAUGAUAUAAAAUGUAAAUAUGCUUAAUCUGACUUGUCCCAAACCUUAAUAUGAAUUAUCACUUUUUUUUAAAGCACUAGUUGAAAUGCUUUCUUUUACGUGCAAUGUUAAAUUUAAUUGCAUGGAGCGUCAUCAUUGCACCUGUGUGAAUGAUGACUAUAACUGGUAAAUAAUAAUGUCCUAAUCAAUAAUUGCACCAUUCUUGUAUGUUUAUAAAGUACUGGUUUCUAAGCAUCUGAACAACAAUCACGUUCUAUGUUGCCAAGUAUUCAGCCCUUUAUUACACUUGUAACUAUUUGAAAAUGGAAUCCAAAAGAAUUUCACAUUCUAUAGUUAAAUGUGAGUUGCAAAAAAUGUUUUUAAAUGACUCUACCUAUGUAGUAAUGCUUUAUUAGCCUAAAUAGUGCUUUAAUUUGCAUGUUAAUGUAUUUACGAUUUUGGUUUAGUGUAUGCAUAAUUUAAUAAUCCCAUUCCAGUUUUGUUAAUAAAUGAGAAAAUCGGA